ACAAAGAUGGGAGUCGGACGUGCCAUCGCCGUGCUGACAUCAGGAGGAGAUGCCCAAGGUAUGAACGCUGCUGUGAGAGCCACAGUCAGAGUCGGUCUCUACACUGGAGCCAAAGUCUACUUUGUUCAUGAGGGCUACCAGGGCCUGGUGGAUGGAGGAGACAACAUUCGCCCCGCCACGUGGGAGAGUGUGUCCAUGAUGCUUCAGCUGGGAGGUACUCUCAUUGGCAGCGCCCGCUGCAAGGACUUCAGGACCAGGGAGGGUCGUUUGAAGGCAGCCUGCAACCUGGUAAAGCUGGGCAUCACCAACCUGUGUGUGAUCGGAGGUGAUGGCAGUCUGACAGGAGCCAACCAGUUCAGGACCGACUGGAGUGGACUGCUGGUUGACCUGGUCCGAGCGGGUAAGAUUACAGAAGAAGAAGCUAAGAAAUCUUCCCACCUGAACAUUGUUGGCAUGGUUGGCUCCAUCGACAACGACUUCUGUGGCACUGACAUGACCAUUGGCACUGAUUCUGCCCUGCACCGCAUCAUUGAGGUGGUGGAUGCCAUCACCACAACUGCACAUAGCCACCAGAGGACGUUCAUACUGGAAGUGAUGGGCAGACACUGUGGGUACCUGGCCCUGGUGACAGCUCUGUCCUGUGGUGCCGACUGGAUGUUCAUUCCAGAGAUGCCACCAGAUGACGGCUGGGAGGACCAUUUGUGCAGGAGGCUUGCAGAUCAAAGGGCCCGAGGUUCUCGUCUGAAUGUGAUCAUUGUGGCUGAAGGUGCAAUUUCCAGAGAUGGUAAACCAAUCACAUCUGACCAGAUCAAAAAGCUGGUGACUGACAGGCUCGGCUUUGACACUCGCACUACUGUUCUUGGACAUGUACAGAGAGGUGGCACACCCUCCGCCUUUGACAGAAUCUUGGGAAGCAGGAUGGGUGUGGAGGCAGUGAUGGCACUGCUGGAGGCUACUCCGGACACUCCUGCCUGUGUGGUCAGCCUGUCUGGGAACCAGGCAGUCAGACUGCCACUCAUGGAGUGUGUGCAAGUGACCAAAGAUGUGACUGCUGCCAUGGCUGAGGGCAGAUUUGAGGAUGCUAUCAAGCUCAGAGGAAGGAGUUUUGAGAACAACUGGGACACAUACAAGCUGCUGGCUCACAUUAGUCCCCCAGAUGUUAAGAGUAACAUCAAUGUGGCCAUCAUGAACAUUGGAGCCCCGUGUGCUGGCAUGAAUGCUGCGGUCCGUGCAGUAGUCAGGAUGGGAAUCAUCCAGGGUCACACCAUGCUGGCUGUUCACGACGGAUUUGACGGUCUGGCUCACGGACAGAUCGAACCUGUCACCUGGACUUCAGUGAGUGGCUGGACUGGAAAAGGAGGCUCAGCACUGGGCACCAAGAGAACUCUGCCAGCUAAAAUAUUACAGGACAUCAGCCAGAACCUUGCCAAGUUCAACAUCCAUGCUUUGGUGAUGAUUGGUGGAUUUGAGGCCUAUAUGGGGGGUCUGGAGCUGGUUCAAGCCAGAGAGAAGUAUGAGGAGAUGUGCAUUCCCAUGGUGGUUAUCCCUGCUACCGUCUCCAACAACGUCCCCGGCUCCGAGUUCAGCAUCGGUGCUGACACCGCCCUUAACACCAUCACCUCUACCUGUGACAGAAUCAAGCAGUCCUCAGCAGGGACCAAGCGCCGUGUGUUUAUUGUUGAAACUAUGGGCGGGUACUGUGGUUACUUAGCCACCAUGGCCGGUCUAGCUGCUGGGGCUGAUGCUGCCUACAUCUUUGAAGAAAAAUUCACCAUUAAAGACCUGCAGAUAAACGUAGAGCAUCUUGUGGAGAAGAUGAAGACAACAGUGAAGAGAGGUUUGGUUCUCAGGAAUGAAAACUGUAAUGCCCAGUACACCACCGACUUUAUCUUCAACCUGUACUCAGAGGAGGGAAAAGGCGUCUUUGACUGCCGUAAGAAUGUCCUUGGACACAUGCAGCAGGGUGGCACUCCAACACCCUUUGACAGAAACUUUGCCUCUAAGAUGGGUGCCAAGGCUGUUCUAUGGCUGACUGAGAAGCUCAAGCAGUGCUACAGGCACGGUCGUAUAUUCGCUAACUCUCCAGACUCCGCCUGUUUGCUGGGCAUGAGGAAGAGGGCACUCACCUUCCAGCCUCUCAAUGAACUGAAGGAAGACACAGAUUUUGAGCAUCGCAUCCCAAAGACACAGUGGUGGCUGAAGAUCAGACCCAUCAUGAAGAUCCUGGCCAAGUAUGACAUCAAGCUAGACACGUCCGAAUGCGCUGACAUGGAACAUGUGAUAAAGAAGAGGAGUCCGCUUGGGAAAUAGGCUCAGACUGGACAGAGCAGGAAAAUGUUUCUGUUUUAUUACAAACCAUUUAUUGGUCCAACUACCUGUCAACAUGCCUUGAUAAAAGAGGCGUCUUAGCUCUUAGCUUAAUUAAUUUUGCAGAAGAAACUGAAGAAC